UGGAAGAAGAAACCAAUGAAGCAUAAGAGGCCGAAUACUUUUUCCCAGGACUACGGGAUGGGUGGGAACUAUCCACAGACAUGUGAUCAGCUUCUACUGCCUGGUCCAUUGUUUUCGCAUACACACAUUGGUUCCGAAUGCUGCAGCUAAAAUAGCUGCAUGACACAGGUUCAGCCGCACCCCACCUUCUCAGCGACAUCCUCCCACGAUCGUUCCGCAAGAAUUAGAGAUUAUCUAUUCACUACAUUCCUGUACAGAGAUAUGGUUGACGCCCUUGCUUUAUGGGGCACUAUCGGUACAUGGGCAGCCGUUUUGCUGGCUUUGGUUGCUCUCGUCGGUAUCAUCUCGCUAUGGCUCGUCCUGCGAGCCGGUUUGAGCGAGCGAAACCGGGCACUCACCGCGGUGCAAGACCGCAGACAAGACUACGUCACGAAAGGCAUUGGGUUUGGCCGCGAGAUCAGGCUGCGGCGCAAGACUAAAGUACCAGACCUAAAACCAUCAUUCGACAUACCUUCGGACGAGUCGCCCCUCGGAAUUUCCGGAACCUCCGUGGCAAGUCUUCCCUGGGUAACCGGCGGUUGGAAUGGCACGACGUGUCGAACGGGAUGGGCGAAGUUUUGUCGGUUGCUUGACAGCUACAAGACGGCAGACACCGUGGAUGAAGAAAAACGUGUUAUUUCUGGGACGAAUGGCAAACUGGUCAUCUAUAACACGCAGACCUGGCUUCCGGUCAGUCGAUAUUGGAUUCUCAUCGCGGGGCUACUCGGGCGGUAUGGAGACAGGCAAUACUAUGCGCACGUCCACGGACCGCCAUGUCGCGCGGAUCUUGAUGAAUACCAGGUCGACAUCUCCGGCAGCGAUGACAGUUCAGACGAUAUGAACAGUUCCAGCGGCGAUGAUUGGAGUGUUACGUCGUCCCUAGCAGAUCGACAACGUGGUCGCAGAAGGCUUUCCAACAGCACUAGCAGCGGAACUGGUAGCCUGGACAUCUCACUACACGCUCUCCGCCGAUCGGACUUCAGCUUCAUCACGUCGCUAUUGCAGUUCGAAAUCUUCGGCCGCGUCUCCACCUACAGCGAGGAGUUAUCUCUCGGUGACAUGCUUUGGCUAGCUAGUGGGUUCCUUCCCCUUAGCAGACGGAAGUGGCGUAAUGAGAUUAUGUGUCUCUAGGAUCUACUGGAACUCUCUGGAGCUGCUGGGGCUGGGGCUACUUCCGCCGAUCAAGUUGUACUCUUCUUCGAGCUGCGGAGCACCGAGACAAUGCCCCGAUUUCUGCUGCAGAUGACACGAUAUCUUUCCACAGGAAGGUUCCAUCUCUUGACGUGGC